AUGCCUUGGAAUGGUGUCAAGGAGUGGGAGGGGCACAAUGAGGCAGACGAGCAUUGUUCUGGCCGUCCAGGAGCAGUCAUUGCAGGCGCACAUCCACACAGCAUGGGGAAGUGCUGGGCGCAAGCUCGAGAAGAGAUGCAGAAAAGGGCCUGCGUGGAGGAGGAGCUGCAGGAACUGCGAGCAGAGAAGAGCAAAUUGCAAGAAGAACUCCGGAACGUGGCAGAAGUCGCUAAAGGCUCACUUGAGACCUCGAUGCCGGCCAGACACGUUGGUGGGUCCUCUACACCUUCUUCACAAUCGGUCAUCGCCGACCCGUUGGUGAGACCUGAGCUACCCACAGAGGGGCCCGCUCAGAACUGUUCAGACAACUGCAAGAACCGUUGCAACAUGAUGUGA